CACUCUUCAACAGUCCUCUGGCCUCGGAUCCAAUCUCAGCAGCAAUCAACAUCAAAAAAUCAACUGAAAGCCAAACAAACCAUCGAUAAACUGAAAAAAGGAUUCCAAUUGUUCUGUAAGCAACGGCACCGUUGACUCCUAUCCUAGCGAGGAACAAUUCAUUGAUUGCACUAUAAAAUAAAGAAAUAAAGAUGAUUCGAUCGAUCGCCGUUAGUAAGCAGCGASUCAUGGCUUCGUCAARAAGCAAAAGUAUUGAAACURUGCUUCAACAACGACUAUUCGCUCAUGGUAAUGCCGCAAUCGCUAAUUGUGGUGGGGGAGCCGGACGACGAGCAGUGGCAAACUCAAYUUUCGCUGUACGUGCAAAGUAGAAACGAUUCAUUCGAARAAWWCAUGUAUCCAUGUCSAAWUCGUUGACCAAGAAAUGUCUGCAAUCGUCCCUUGGUUACGACCAUUGUUUAUUUAUCCCAAUGUGCURAAAACUCACAUCAUCGGUUUUGUUCAACCAAUCUACUACACAGGACCAGCGAAGAUUCUUUCGCACAGACAGYGCGUCUACKGCAAUACCAGGAGAACAGGAUCUGCAGCAACAUCAACGUCAACAACGACAGCAACGAAGRAAUAACAGUAGCGCCGAACAGCAACUGCAAGAUCACGCGUCACUGUUGCGAAGUAUUCAAGAAGAGUCCGAUGUGCGGGAUUCCGUUGCCUAUUCUCUUGCAAUGGCGAACAUGUCCAAUAAAUCCGGAUUCCCACCACUGACUCGUUCGUUGAGUGAAAGAGAAAAGGAACAGAUUCGAAUUAGUCAAAAGCAAGUGCUAAAUGAGCGCAUGAUCGCAAAUGAGCAAAUUUACGGAGAGGRUGUGAAUGAAGRAGAUUCAUUCAGCGAUGAUAUGGCAUACUCUCUCUCGUUCGCUUCAUCUCUAAACGAAGGUUSUGUCCAAUUUCCGUCGUUGACUAGGUCUCUCAACGAGCGCGAAUCUGCACAGCUUCGUAUCAGUAAAUCUCCACUGUUAUCRACUUCAACGUACCCGGAACAACGCCGACRGCAGCAAACCCGUUUGCCUCGCACCUUGAAGGAUGCCCUCCUUCCAAGUUCCGAAGCGAUUGUAAUUACGGAAACCAAUAAGCCAUUUCGAGUCUUUGACGUGAAUUCUGCUUGGGUGGGAUUGUGUGGAUACACAUAUGCCGAAUCGAAGGGAAAGAGCCUAGGCGAUCUCCUGGGAGGAGAAGAAACCGAUCAGUGCGCCGUGACGGCACUGAUCCACCAGCUUUUCGUCCACGGAGAGGAAGCAACAACGGUGCUAACAAAUUAUACCAAAGAUGGACGAAAGUUUCGAAAUCGGCUGAGCGUUGGGCCGCUCUAUGACAAAGAGACCGGCAACGUCACGCACUUUGUGGGAGUUUUGAAAGAGGUCUCGGUUGCGGUUUAGAUCUGCCAUUUUUCCCAUUUUUACAAAAUCAUUGUAGAUUAAAGAGGAAAAACUGGUUGUUACGGAAAUACUUGUCGCCAUAUUCCUUAUGGCAACUUGUUGGUUGGCUAUAUCAGAUUAUUACGAGGAACACUUUUUAUACACCAUGAAAUUCAUAGUAAUCUAGAAUUGUUGUUCAAUGGUACCAUAGCGAACACCGUCUCCAAAUUAGAUGUUUUUAAUUUCUACUCGAGGUGGUUCCUUCGUCUGUCAAUGUUUACCCUGCUUUACAUCCCAGUGGGGCAUCCGCCAAGGCYUGUUAAAUGAAGCAAUUCUUACCAAGAAUGCAACCAAAAACGAAACAAGCGUAAUGGAUGAGGAAUUCAAUGGCCAUGACUGUGUUUUCAGAAGGUGAUUCAAAAUCGUGUACGUGAGCGCACCCAACGUAGGACCCAACGCGUAUAAUGUUCUAUGUGGAUACAUCACCCGGGGCUUUUCUCCACAAAUGACAUCUCGGAUGAUACCUCCAAAGGUCGCGGUCAUGAGACCCGAAACAAUCCACAGUGUUGGAGCCAAWUUUUUUUUCGCAGCUGAUUCAACACCGACGAUACAAAACGCUGCUAAUCCCAGUGCAUCUGAUGAAAAUCGAGUGGAACAUUGACAACGUCGAACRAAAGGAGGAUGAGUGAGAUGAAGGGAUCAAUCGACACCUUAAAACAAUCUAGAAGCACGAUCAAAAUUUUCAGUGAUAGUGGCGCUCGGUGAUGGGGCAAUGAAGCACCUACCCGCUGUGCAAAUAGGAGCAGCCGAAUCCGCAUCCAAUCCAAACCUUUUUUCGAUUACAGGCCAAGAAUAAAAGGUGAGCAAUGCCGUAAGCAGGCUGAUUUCGAGAUAAAGCGGAGUUUUCAUCCAAAACACCACAUGUUCUUCGUGACUUCCAACCAUAAGAACAUCACGUAAAGUCCCUCCGCCCAUACUUGUUAUCGAGGCGAUGAUCAUCAUUCCGAUUAUAUCCAUCCCUUUUCUCCCCGCCUUCAAAGCCCCGGAGAAAGCGAACACUGCUGUACCGCAUAUGUCCAAUAUUUCAAUCAGUAAACCAACCUUGCAAGG